AUGCGCAGCCCGACGCGCGAUGCCCUCGCCGGUCUCGUGAGCCAGAUCACGAUGCUCUCGAGCGAUGCGCUCGAAGGUCUUCUGGCCCUCGUCGCACAGUACGAACCGUCGCACGUUGCCAACUGCAGCUCCGAGGAAGUCGAACUCGACCUCGAGCGCCUCCAGCCGAUGACGCUCAUGGCGGUCGCUCACUCGCCGUUCUCGCUGAACCGGUCGCCGGUCGCCAAGGCCGCCUUGCCGCAGUCGCACGAGGUCCAGCGCCGCCGUGUCUCGCUCAUCGGCCGGCUCUUCACCUCCAACGAGCCGCGCGAUCCUAUCUACCAGCCGCCGCCUCUGCACCCAAAGAAGCCGUCGUCCAAGCGUGCGCUUCACGACAUUCCCGACGACGACGACCAACCGAUCGUGCGGCGCGCCGACGCCAGCGAAAGCAUGACCAACACGAUCCUCAUCAGCAUGCGACCCGACGAGCUGGCGUCCAUGGCCUCGUCCAGCGACGCCAACGACGACGACGAGAAUGACAGCGACGACCCCGAGCACGGGCUCGCCGACCCGCGCAUCUACGAGAUGCUCAAGAAGAUCAACCGCUGCCUCGAGACCAUCCAAGCCAUCAAGGCCGACGUCCACGCACGGCAUGUGCCCGAGUACGCGCGCGCGACCAGCACAAGUCUGUAG